AUGGAACACCAUCAGAAAUGUGUAGACACCAUCAAGAUGUGGAGACACCAUCAGAGAUGUGGAGACACCAUCAGAGAUGUGGAGACACCAUCAGAAAUGUGUAGACACCAUCAAGAUGUGGAGACACCAUCAGAAAUGUGGAGACACCAUCAGAGAUGUGAGACACCAUCAGAAAUGUGUAGACACCAUCAGAGAUGUGGAGACACCAUCAGAGAUGUGGAGACACCAUCAGAAAUGUGGAGACACCAUCAGAAAUGUGUAGACACCAUCAGAGAUGUGGAGACACCAUCAGAGAUGUGGAGACACCAUCAGAGAUGUGGAGACACCAUCAGAGAUGUGGAGACACCAUCAGAGAUGUGGAGACACCAUCAAGAUGUGGAGACACCAUCAGAGAUGUGGAGACACCAUCAAGAUGUGGAGACACCAUCAAGAUGUGGAGACACCAUCAGAGAUGUGGAGACACCAUCAGAGAUGUGGAGACACCAUCAGAGAUGUGGAGACACCAUCAGAGAUGUGGAGACACCAUCAGAGAUGUGGAGACACCAUCAGAGAUGGAAUACCAUCAGAGAUGUGGAGACACCAUCAGAGAUGUGGAGACACCAUCAGAGAUGUGGAGACACCAUCAGAGAUGUGGAGACACCAUCAGAGAUGUGGAGACACCAUCAAGAUGUGGAGACACCAUCAGAGAUGUGGAGACACCAUCAAGAUGUGGAGACACCAUCAAGAUGUGGAGACACCAUCAGAGAUGUGGAGACACCAUCAGAGAUGUGGAGACACCAUCAGAGAUGUGGAGACACCAUCAGAGAUGUGGAGACACCAUCAGAGAUGUGGAGACACCAUCAGAGAUGUGGAGACACCAUCAAGAUGUGGAGACACCAUCAGAGAUGUGGAGACACCAUCAAGAUGUGGAGACACCAUCAAGAUGUGGAGACACCAUCAGAGAUGUGGAGACACCAUCAGAGAUGUGAAGACACCAUCAGAGAUGUGGAGACACCAUCAGAGAUGUGGAGACACCAUCAGAAAUGUGUAGACACCAUCAAGAUGUGGAGACACCAUCAGAGAUGUGGAGACACCAUCAGAGAUGUGGAGACACCAUCAGAAAUGUGGAGACACCAUCAGAGAUGUGAGACACCAUCAGAAAUGUGA